GUGGUGCUGAACCAGGGAUUCGUGCUACAUUAACGGCGGAGGGUCGCCACAAACUACCACACCAGCCCACGUCCGAGCAUGUGGUCGCGGCAGCUCUCGAGCGGUAUCCGAUAAGACAGAAGAAGCGACGGCUGAGAGUGAGGAAGGACGAGGUGGAAAUAUAUUCUCGGACAGCCAGCAGAGCUGAGCAGAGCAGAGCACCGACGCCGACAGCGCGGAGUUGUCGCGAUGUUGUAGCUAAACCAUGGACACCAGAAUAAAGGAGAAUCCAGAAAGAACAUUUGAUCUGGUUCUACAGGUGGCAUGUCCAACAUCUGAACAUGAAGAUCCAACCGUGCUGUGGAGCUUCCCCCAGGACCACACAGACCAGGAGGUCCUUCAGACGAUACCAAAGUUCUGCUUUCCCUUUGACGUGGAAAGGGUUUCCCACAAUCAGGUGGGGCAGAAUUUCACCUUUGUGCUGACGGACAUUGACAGCAAACAGAGGUUUGGCUUCUGUCGACUCACUCAAGGCUGCCGGGUCUGCAUAUGUCUGCUCAGUUAUCUACCAUGGUUUGAAAUCUACUACAAGUUGCUCAAUACUCUGGCAGACUACCUAACAAAACAACAGGAAAAUGACUUGAAUGACAUGCUGAAUUCUCUCUAUGAUCUGCCUGUGCCAAAGCCCUUCACGCCAGUCAACCUGAGUGUGAAUGAGCAGUUGUAUAUUGCCACUGGGCAAGUACUGAGAGAUCGGCGAAGCAAGGAGCCGCACUCCUACUUCAUCGCCCCGGAUAUCAAUGGCCUGCCAACUAUCCCUGAGAGCAGGAACCUGACAGAGUACUUUGUGGCUGUGGACGUCAACAACAUGCUCCAGCUCUAUGCCAGUAUGCUGCAUGAACGGCGCAUCAUCAUUACCUCAAGCAAGCUUAGCACUUUAACUGCAUGUGUCCACGGUGCGGCUGCUCUGCUCUUUCCUAUGUACUGGCAGCACAUCUUCAUCCCCGUACUGCCCCCGCAUCUUCUGGACUACUGCUGUGCCCCCAUGCCAUACUUUGUGGGAGUUCAUCUUAGUCUGCUGGAGAGAGUACGCAGUCGAUCACUGGAGGAUGUGGUCAUUCUCAAUGUGGACACAAACACCCUGGAGAGUCCCUUUGAUGACCUGCACAACCUGCCCAGUGACGUGGUGUCCUCUCUGAAGAGCAAGCUGAAGAAGCAGUCAACAGCCACAGGAAGUGGUGUGGCAAGGGCCUUCCUGAGAGCGCAGGCCGCUCUGUUUGGAUCCUAUCGAGAUGCCCUCAGAUAUAAGCCUGGGGAGCCAAUCACUUUCUGUGAGGAGAGCUUUGUAAACCAUCGCUCCAGCACCAUGAGGAACUUCCUGUCCAUGGCUGUCAACCUGCAACUCUUCAAACAGUUCAUCGACGGACGGCUGGCCAAAUUGAACGCAGGCCGCGGCUUCUCCGACGUGUUUGAAGAAGAGAUCACAGAAGGGGGCUUCUGUGGAAGUAAUUCAAGGUCUUACCAGCAAUGGAUGCACACUGUAAAGAGAGGAGGAGCUCUCUUCAACACAGCUGUGACAAAGGCCAAGAGUCAUGCCAAGAGGGGCAUCCGGGACAUUAAGGGCAGACUUAAAGCAAGGGAGGAAGAAGAAGAGGGGAUGACGGUCUGUGCGGGGUCUCCCACCAGCACCAAGAGCCUGUCUCCAAGGAGACUGCAGAAGAUGAGACGGCAUAACUUCAACAAGUCUCCCAUGAGCAUGGGCCCUCGAGACCUGGGAUACGGGCUCGAUGAUGAUGAGCUGGACAGUGCGAGCAAGAUCUCCUCAGAGGACAGCGGGGAUGUCCCGUCAUACACCGAGGACAGUGAUGACUCCUACUCACUAGAGCUGGACAUCGACUCUCGCGCAGGCCAGAUGAACCUGCUGGAGGAAAUCCUGGACUCUCUGAACACCACAACGGUGGAGCAAGGCAAACUCAGCGCUGCCAAGAGCCUGGACUUCUUCAGGUCCAUGGAAGAUUUAGACUACAAGGCCCCGAGCAAGCCCACAACUUCCAGUGAAUCUAAACCUGCAGAUGAGAGUGACUGUGGUGGAGGCGGGGAUCAGAGCGGCUGGAACAUGGGCCAGGAUGACAGCGCGGUCCACGGAAAACACCUUCCCCCGUCCCCGCGCAGACAGCCCAACAAGAGCAGCCUGAAGGUGUCAAAGAAACCGGCGACAGCUCCUGCAGCGGCCAUCACCACAGCUGCAGCUGCAGCUCCAGCCCGGGACACUGACCUCUCCAAGUCACAUCACCCCAACUCUGACCCGCAGCCUCUACCUCCAGGGCGGCAACCAGGAGACCGCUUCUCCUACUCGCCCUCCAUGUUCCCUAGAGCUACACCUACGCUGCCAUCUCACGCUCACACCUACAGUUCUUCAGCAGACUAUUCUCCUGUUCCUGCUGGCCGGUUUCGGACCAUCUCAGACCCCCAAGCCAACACAGAGCCUCCUCAGGCCCAGAACCAGACUGCCUCCACUAGCGUCCUGAGGAGGAAGGUGCUGUCCAAGGAGACAGUGAGGCACUACCAGGAGAAGGCCCUCCAGAGGCAGGGCAGCAAGGGCCACCAGGAGGGCCAGGCGAGGAACAGGCAGUCAGCUAUGCAGGUGCCGUGGGAGAAAGAGGUGUCCAAGGAGGGGAUCCUGGGGCUCGGCCUGUGUCUGGGUCAGGGGAAAGGCUCAGGGGCGGCUGUGGUGCAGGAUCAAGGCCUCCUCGAGGAGAUUGAGUCCAUGUGUUGCCUCGGCUCAGUCCUCCACACCAGCCUGCAGCUCUCACAGGUUCACUGCAACAACGGUCACCAGCAGGUCCAGGGCAAAGCCACAGAUGAGUCGUAGGGACGCCACAGACUCAGGGUCUGUAAAACGCCAUGGGGUCUACUGACAUCUGUUCACUUUAAUCCUUCUAUUACAAUUAUCCACAGUCUCAGAGGACUUGAUCGCUCUGACCUUUUUUAUCUCAACACUCAGCUAUCAGGAGCAGUUAUGAACAAAUCUGAUGUCAUGCAGGCAGACGACAAACAGAGAGAGAGAGCAGAAACAGGAAGAGCUGAGUAGGUGCGCUGCACAACUCUCCAUCGUUUAAACACAUUUCUGUGGAAAAUAGGGCCCAAAAAGCUUCAAAUUACAAAAUCUACCCAUGUAGUUAUACAUAUAUAGAAUAUUUCAGCCCUUAUUCAAUAGAUGUACAUUUGUUUCAAGGAUUUUCCUGAAAUCAACAUAUGUAUGUUGACAAACAGAAAGUGAUAUUAAAAACAAGAUCAUGUGAGUUUUUAAGGUUUAAGGACCACAGCAUUGAGAUUUUUCACGAAGAAAGUACAAUUUUAGAAACUCAAUUACAAACUAAAAAGACUUAAUAAGAAGGAGAGUUUUGCAGUGUGUGUACUGCUCAUUAUAGUAUUUCUGUCUGUAAUCGUCUAAACGUAUGAAUAACACAUAUUCUCCAUCUUGUAACAUAUUCACGAUGCACCAUCUGAAAAAAACACCCAUGAACUUCACUCUGGGUAAAACGUAAGUAGCCAACCGGCAACGGAGGCAUCUUCACUUAAAGGAAUUUAGAAAAGUCUCAGUAGUUUUUCAGGAUUGAGAAGGGAUGAUGUCACUUCAACACACCGUCGUGUCAGUCUUUUGCUCACUGUGUUCCAGACAUUUCACUCGAUCAGAUUACAUUUGCACUCGUAGAUUAACAAAUUGUACUCAGUUGUACUAAAAUCACCUGAGCGAAAACGACGACGUGAGACAGGAUUUUCCAGACACAAAGUCCACUCGGGCCUUUAAAACUAACUAUACACUGUGUGAUUUCCAUGUUUUUUCAUCACCAUGCCUUAAAUGGACAUGUGAUUUGUUUUUUUGAUACUCUGGUGUCUUAAUCUAUAGAUACCAUAACAGGUAGACUUUGUAAUUAAAAUCUCUGAUCUGACUCUCAGAUCUUAAAUGCAACAUUUAAUAGUUCUUUAACAGCACUGUAUUUCUCUGGAUUAACACAAUAGUUAAUAUAUAUAAUAUAUAUAUAUAUGAUGUGCUUUAAGCUGCUGUUUUAAAUUGCAUUCCAGAUGAUAGGGUAGUGCAGGUAGAAACCUCUCUGUCUCCCUCCUCUUCCUGUGCUCCUCAGGACACUUCUGUCACUCUGAAGAGAAGCAAAUACAGUCAAAAGUUAAAGUGGAUCAUCUUUAAAUGCCAGAGGCAAUGCUCCAUGUCCUCCUCUUCAUCACUCUCCCCCCCAUGUUGUCUCCCCUAAUCUUCUCUCCUAGUCCUUUCAGCACAUCUCACUUUCACUCUCGACCGUAACAGUGGCGGCCAGUCAUUGCGGAGCUAAUGUGGUCUGGAGUGGAAGAGCUGAACCUUAAAGGAUGAGGCUGGUGAUAUUCUAUGCUUUCUGAUUUCUGUCAACAAAUCCCAUAAAACAAUGCGCUACUCCGCCUCUCGACGGGUUCAGGUUUCUGUUCCCAUCCCGGAGCCCAUUCGUUCCUACGAAGAAUCUAAAAAACAUGUCACAAAUAUAUAGUUUCAGUUGUAAAAAAAGAAACUAGUUUUUUAUCUAAUGUUACUCCAACAGGAGUAAAUUUGUUGAGGACUAUUUUUAGCCAAAGAUUACCUGUUAGUACGAAAAAUAAAUUUUUACUUUUGGUCCUUUCAUAUUAUUUGUUCACGUUAAGAGGAGUAUACAGUAUCACCAGACUUAUCACAUGGCUCAGUGUGUCUGUCUGUCUGUGUCUCCCUUUCUGUGCUCACAGGAGGAACUGCAGUCUCUGUCCUCGUAGGUGAGAGUCACACACUGCAAUGUGACGCAGUGGUUGAUGAUUGUACUGUAAUGAAGCAAUACGGUUCUCCUCAGAGAGUAGCUACGUGGAUGUAAUGUGUACAGACAAAACAAAAGUAUUUCUAUUACAGACUCUCCUGUGGAGAGACGCGCCCGCGUCCACAGAUUGUGGGUUCCCAUCAUUCUCUGCGCCGCCACAAACCCAGAGAAAAGAAGAAAGCUUUUUCAUGUGCUUGUGUUGGAAUUAUUACAUUUAUGGUUCGUUGUUCUCAUGAUUUAUGCCAGACGCCAGUCGGUGUGGCAGUUUAAUAGCAGCUAUUUCUCCGCUUUCUGAGUGCUGCUCUGCGUUAACGAUUUGCUCAUAAAGUCUUUGGCGUGCUUCUAAAAGCCCAGGAAUCAGUCUUAGUAAUUCCAAAAAGGAGGAAAAAACAAUCUCUGCACGGCCUUAUUCAUUGUAAACACUUUAAAAAACAUAUUUACUAUGCAAGUAUUUCAAAUUAUAUAAAAAGGUCAGUUUUCUUGAACAGUAAUUGCAUUAUAAUGCACAAUUCUACUUGAAAAAUGAUCACAAUCAAGCUAGUUUGUAGUGGCAAUAAGCCUCGCGUGUCCCUAGAUGAAUAAAUAUGAAAGUCUGUUUAGCUGUGUGUGAGCUGAGGUGUGUCUGUGGCUGUUAAUGACAGAACGGUGUGUAUGGUGUGCCUUAUACAGUGAGAGUACCACCCAGCAUAAUCAGAACAAGGUACAGCGUUAGAGAACGGAGACGUAUGCAAUGUUUUCAGACCACCUUAAAUCAGGAACAUUAUGGCAUUUAUGUGAUAAACAGACACAAAACCUGUUUUGGUCCUUAGAAACUGACCUGAAAUGAACUCGGGUUCUAGCAUUGUUUUUAUAGCUGCUUUGUUUUUCGAGGAUUGGGCUUCAGUCCAGCUGGAGUUACUCAGUGUUUUUCUUUGCUGUGGUGGUCGGUGGGAAUCUUCCUGCCUGUAUUUAAGAGAGGAUCUCUGAAUUUCUCUGGGUUAUUUGACUUUUUGUAAAUUAGGUACUUUCUUUGGUCGUACUAAUAGGUGAUUACUUGUGCUAUUUUCUUCCUUUUUGUUUUCUCUCUUCUUUGAAAAAACCUUGAACACUCAUUCUGAGCUAACUAUUGAAAAAAGCGUUUCUCAGAGGAGUUUCUCUAGUUGAUUUCGUAUUGAUGACAAAUUAUUUUCAACUGAAUAGACGUGUAUUUUUGCUGGCUUGAGUUUAUUUUACAUGGAUAAUAUAUAUAUAUAUAUAUGAUUGGUGUUGUAUUGUGUAGGAAAAUGACACCUAAUAUUUGAAUGUUUUAGAUUUUAUUUUUGGAAGAAAAAAAAAAUAGAAUAUUAACAAACGUCCCAUGUAGCCGUUCAUAUUCAGAAGCAUUUGACACCCUCUCAUCAAAAUAAGCAGAGACUGACGCUUGCUUGUACAUGGUACAUGCUUAUUGUUGUAUCUGCAUGUAUGUACCUGUAUGUGUUGUAUGCUAUGAUUUUGUUUAGUUUUACAGAUGUGGUCUGUUCUGUUGGUAUUAAUUAUUAUUUCAGGUAACACUUUAUAUUAUGGUACAUAUAUUCACCAUUAACUUUUUGUUACUUAGUAACGCCUUAUUUUUCAUGACCAAGAGUUUUCCCCCAAUAACCUCCUAAUUAUUGCUUAUUGAUAGUAAGGACGUUGCUACCCAUGAAUUACAAUCAAUAGCCUUACCCUUAAUAAGCUUAACCACAGAGUAAGGUAUUAAUAAAUGCUUUAUAAUGACUAACUAAGCACUAACGUGCUACUAAUUGCAUGCUAAUAAGCACCUAGUUAAUGGUGAAUAUGUGUGCCUGGAUAGAGAGUGUGGCCUUAUUUCAGUAUUUAGCACUUCCAUCAAAUCGAGGAUGAUGAAAAUAACAUUGGAUCUCGUACAACGCGCUCAUUCUGCCUUGCAUUGGGUAAUGUAGAGUUAAAUGUCAUCUGCCUUGCAUUUUAUGUAGAAUGAAACAUUUCUACUUUGGUUACUGGCUACUGUAAAUCUAAGCGUAGAGGUUUGUCGGGAGAAAUACUUGAGCUGUCAGCUGCUGUUAAGGGCGAUAUGAAACGCUUUAGUAUCUCUGGUCCCGUUUACACUAACGUUGUACGACAACGAAGAAAUGAUCGCCAGGGGAUUUACAUUUCAAUGUCUGCAGGCUUGUCAUAAGUAAAGGUAACUUGUACUCUACUUAUAAUAGAGUGUAAAGUUAUGAACAUAUAUAUAUAUAUAAAGUAUAAUUGUCCUGGAAUUACAAAUUGAAAGUGAGUGGGAGGUAACAGAUUAUGUAGCAGCUUUCACUGAGGUACUAUGGAGUGAGAACACAGGCAGGUUCAACAUAACACAGAUAAUAACAUCACUUCCCCUUAACCACACAUUAGAGGUGUGUGUUCAGUUCAGUGAUAACUUUGGACAAGUUACAGAUAGCAACUUUUUUUUUUUCUAUUUCUUUUUUUGGGCGUUGUAAUGAUAAUGAAAUCUUCAGUAUGCCACUUACUGGUUUUCAGAUCUUGUGCUCACUUGCAUGUUCUCAUUGCAGAGAAAACAAUUGUCUUAAACAACUGAGGUCAAUCUAAUGUCUAUUCAUGAGUAACUUGGUACAACUGCACAUAAUGUAUGCACUGUGAACUGAAAAUAAAUUAUA